AAGUUUAAUUUAGAUGGACUAUUAUCGAAAGUUAGAGAAAAUAGGCCAAGGAACCUAUGGCAUUGUAUACAAAGGACAAGAACAAGACGGAACCAUCUAUGCUAUGAAAAAAAUUUAUCUAGAGAAACUCAAUAUAGGAUUACCUUGUGUUGUGAUUCGAGAAAUAUCUUUAUUAAAGGAAUUGCAGCAUCCCAAUAUUGUCAAGCUUUGUGACGUUAUUCAUUCAAAGAAAAGUCUCACACUCGUGUUCGAAUUCUUAGACCAAGAUUUAAAAAAGUUGCUCGAUGUUUGUCAAGGAGGUUUAGAUCCAACUGUUGUGAAAUCUUUUAUGUUUCAACUUUUACGCGGUGUCUCUUAUUGUCACGACCAUUGUAUAUUGCAUCGGGAUUUGAAACCACAAAAUUUGUUAAUUAAUAGAGAAGGUUUUCUGAAAUUAGCCGAUUUCGGACUUGCUAGAGCAUUUCGGAUUCCUGUCAAAUCGUAUAGUCAUCAAGUUGUCACAUUAUGGUAUCGCGCACCCGAUGUGCUCAUGGAAUCCAAAAAUUAUUCUACACAUGUUGAUAUUUGGAGUGUUGGAUGUAUUUUUGCUGGUAAAGGCAAAUAUUUCAAUAUUAUUAUUUCUCUUCCCAACAUAAUUCUAGAAAUGAUUAACGGGUACCCAUUGUUUCCUGGAACCAACGAACAAGAUCAACUUUUACGGAUUUUUCAAAUUUUGGGUACACCUACGCUCCAAACCUGGCUAGAAAUUUUAAAUGUGACGCACUUUGAUAAAAUGUUUCAAAAGUAUGACCCUCGACCAUGGUCCUCGAUAGUACCUAGCUUAGAUAAUCUUGGUGUUGAUUUACUUUCAAAAAUGUUACACUACAUUCCUCAUAAGAGAAUUUCCGCUAAAGAAGCGCUACAGCAUCCUUAUUUUACAUGAUAAAAUGACUUCAGAGAAUGCCAACUAGUCAUCUUCAUAUGAGAUCAAUUCAAAAAGCAAACUGUUCAUAAGAGAAUUCUUGUUGUCGUUUAAAUUUUAUACAUUAAUACUGUUCAAAUAUCAUUUUGGAUAAACAAAGUAAUAAAUGAAAAAACUAUCAUUGAAAUUAAUUUUUCGAAAAGAAUUCGCUCAGUCAAUAAUAUAAAAGUUAAAAAUUUAGUAAAAUAUUGACC